ACCAACCAACCCUCCACCCCCCCCAAAAAAAAAUAAAAAUGUAACAAGCGCCCCCGGCGCCCGCCGUCGACGACGCGCACGCCCCCGCGUCCGCACACACACCCGCACCCCAGCUCUCCGCGCUCCGCCAUGGCGGCCACCGCCGCCGCCGCCGGCCCCGCCUCCCCGGCGGUCUCCUUCUCCCUCCCCUCCCCUCCCCUCCCGCGCCGCGCGGACUGCCGCCGCGGGCGCGGGCACGGGCACCGGCCCCGCCGCGGCCCGCCCCUCCUCCGCGCCGCCUCCACCGCCGCGCCACCCUCCUCCUCCCCGUCGUCCCAGUCUCCGGGGAGCCUCUCCAUCCAGCUCUCCCCGCGCGCCUCCCCGCCCGCCGCGCCUACCCACGUGGCGUCGCUCGCCCGGGACCGCGCCGAGGACCUGCAGGCGGAGUCCCGCGCCAUGACCCGCGCCGCGGCCGCCACCGUCUUCAGCCCCGAGCUGCUCUCCUCCCGCUACGGCUCCCGCCCCGUCAAGGUGGCGCUGCGAGCGGCGGAGGUGGUGUCCAAGAUCGGCGCGUUUGGGCUGAAGGUGUUCCUGGACGAGCAGAGGGGGCAGUCGUCGUCGGCGGUGCGGCGCGCGAGGGCGGUGGAGCUGCGGACCAUACUCACCAGGCUCGGCCCGACGUUCGUCAAGAUUGGGCAGGGGCUGUCCACGCGGCCCGACCUCUGCCCACCCGAGUACCUCGAGGAGCUCUCCGAGCUGCAGGAUUCGCUUCCCACGUUUCCGGAUGAAGAGGCAUUUGCAUGUAUCGAGAGGGAGCUUGGCUUUCCUCUUGAUUCAAUCUACUCAACAAUAUCACCUUCCCCAAUUGCUGCUGCAAGUUUAGGUCAAGUUUAUAAGGCACGGUUAAAAUACUCUGGGCAACUGGUAGCUGUCAAGGUGCAAAGGCCUGGUAUUGAGGAUAUUAUAGGGCUUGAUUUUUAUCUACUGAGGGGCCUUGGAUAUCUAAUAAAUAAAUAUGUCGACUUUAUAUCCAGUGAUGUUGUUGCUCUCAUGGAUGAAUUUGCUCGAAGAGUUUACCAAGAGCUUAAUUAUGUCCAGGAAGGCCAAAAUGCAAGAAGGUUUAAGAAGUUAUAUGCUGACAAGCAAGAUGUGCUGGUCCCUGAUAUAUUUUGGGACUACACAAGUGCAAAGGUUCUGACAAUGGAGUGGAUUGAGGGUGUAAAGUUAAACCAGCAAGCAGCUAUUGAAAAACAAGGUUUGAAGGUUCUGGAUUUGGUGAACAUUGGUAUUCAGUGCAGCUUAAGGCAACUAUUGGAGUACGGUUACUUUCAUGCUGAUCCUCAUCCUGGUAACAUAUUGGCAACACCUGAAGGGAAGCUUGCCUUUCUUGAUUUUGGUAUGAUGAGUGAGACCCCAGAGGAUGCAAGAGUAGCCAUCAUAGGCCAUGUUGUUCACAUGGUCAAUAGGGACUAUGAAGCGAUGGCUCGUGAUUAUUAUGCUCUCGAUUUUUUGGAACCUGAUGUAGAUGUCUCCCCAAUUGUCCCUGCUCUUAAGAGUUUCUUUGAUGAUGCUCUGAACUCAACAGUAAGUGAGCUAAACUUCAAAACCAUAGUUGAUGGCUUAGGCGCUGUUCUCUACCAGUACCCAUUUAAUGUACCGGCAUACUACGCAUUGAUACUGCGAUCGCUCACUGUACUGGAAGGUUUAGCACUCUAUGCUGAUCCCAAUUUUAAGGUGCUCGCUGCCUCGUACCCUUACUUUGCGAAAAGGCUACUCACUGAUCCCAAUCCAUAUCUCAGAGAUGCUUUAAUUGAGCUACUAUUCAAGGAUGGAAAAUUCAGAUGGAAUAGGCUUGAAAAUCUUCUUGUUCAAGGGAGCCAAGAUAGAGAGUUUGCAGCAAAAGAUGCUUUGCAACCAGUUCUAAAGCUUCUACUUGGUCCUGAUGGGGAGGAAUUGCGAGUCCUAGUUGUGAAAGAAGCGGUUCGUGUCACAGAAGCCAUCACUUUUGGAACGCUGAUUGAUUCGUAUAAUGCAGCUCCAGAAUUUCUUAAACCAUUAAUAUCCAGUGGUAAUCCAGCCGGACCGUUCAAGAUAAGCGACACUGAAAGGGAACAAAUGAUUGAGCUGCGGGACAGGGUUUUCAGAAUAUGGGGCCUUCUGAGAUCCUCGGAUGGCUUUGACCCAACCAUCUUGCAACCAAUUGUGCAGGUGCUACAAGAGCCAGAGGCCCGCGUUCUUGGCUCCCGGGUUGCAGGAGGUGUUACGCAGCGCCUCGCGGCCCGCCUGUUGCAGCAGCUGCUGAGAACUCCACCUGCUCCAGGAUCUCCUUAGCAGAUAAGACAUGUAAAUUCACACGGUACUUUCCACAGGAAAGAGAAAAGGAAAUGUAAUUCGGAAAUCAAGUAUAAAGUUGAUUUCUUCAUUCAUGCCGGAUAAAAAGAUCCCCUAGAUGUUUGUAGAUUGUUCUCAAAGCCUGAAAAAUUUUGGGUCUACGAAAA